GAGAGGAGUAUUCAUGCCCUGUACUCGAAACAACCCAGUCUCACUUCCAUCUCACUACAUGCCUGUGCAUUAGAGUUUCGGGAGCCUGGAUUUGUUUGGUCUGACAGCAGGAUGAAGCAGGUUGUCAAGACAGUGGUUCUGUGCCUGGCCCUGAGUCUAGGAAGAUGCAAUGAAGAAGUAACCCCAGUCAACCAAGCUGCCCCAGAGGAAUCAUCCUUAGCAGACUGGGGCAUUGGGACUAUCAGAGAUGGCUUUGAAACCAUUAAUGGCUAUUUUGACUCUUUUUUAGAGCUGCUAGGAGGAAAAAAUGGGAUUUGUCAGUACAGAUGUAGAUAUGGAAAGGCUCCAAUGCCCAGACUGAACUACAAGCCACAAGAGCCCAAUGGCUGCAGCUCCUACUUCCUUGGUCUCAAGGUACCAGAAAGUUUGGAUUUAGGCAUUCCUGCCAUGACUAAGUGCUGUAACCAGCUGGAUGUUUGUUAUGAUACCUGUGGAGCCAACAAAUACCGCUGUGAUGCUAAGUUCCGCUGGUGUCUCCACUCCAUCUGCUCAGACCUCAAACGGAGUCUUGGUUUUGUCUCCAAGGUUGAAGCUUGUGAAUCUGUAGCAGAUACAGUGUUUAACACUGUCUGGACUCUGGGCUGCCGACCCUUCAUGAACAGCCAAAGAAGUGCCUGCAUUUGUAAUGAGGAAGAGAAAGAGGAACUUUGAAGAGCACAGCCCUCUGGCCAGAGAUGACCUCAUGCAUUCCAUCUCUGUUGCAGCUUUUUAGCAAGCCAUUUUCCAUCAGCCCUCUGAACUGAAGAAGUUAUGAUCGUAUGGGGCAGGAGGAGCAGAUUUUUGCACUGUGUAUAAUGCAUCAGUUACAGCUUUGGGGUGGAGGGGUGCUGUCAGAGGCAGUGACAACUACUGCCCACCUCAGCUCCAAUCUAACAGCCCCAUCUCUUUCCAGGUGUAUCACUGUGGGUUAUUUUAAUGCCAAUUUUCUAUUGAGACCAAUUAAGAUGAGCAAACAGAAUGCAAUGCAGACAGUAAUAAGUAGUUUCUGCAGCAGAUACACACGUGUAUAACAACUUCCUGUCCCUGAAUCACUGAUACACCCCGAAAAACAAGUUUUCCCACUAGCCAUCAAAGUUCCAGUCAUUAGUUACAUCUUUUAAAUAAAUUAUUCAAACACAGGAGAUGGGCUGAGCUACAAUAUUGGGGCAGGGGGGUAUAG